GUAUAUAACCAGGCCAGCAGGCACGCAAGCGAUCAUCUCUGUUCCAAAGUGACCACCACGAAAGUGACACUAUACAAGUAAAAGUGAACAAUUUAAAAAGUUAAUCAUUACCACAUCACGAUACAAAAUGAAUGCAAAAAUAAUCGUCUUCAUUUCUCUUUGCACCUUUGCAAUUAUGCAAAGUACCCUGGCUGCAAAAAAGGAUUCUUGCGUACUGCCCGUGGAAUCUGGAAGAUGCAGAAUGUAUCUUGAAAGAUAUGCUUACAACCCUGACACCAAUGAUUGCGAAAUGUUUGUCUUUGGAGGUUGUACAAAAAAUGCGAACCAUUUUAUGACCUACAAGGAUUGCUUAGCUGCUUGUAAAGGAGUUGAACCUGAGUCGUGUGGGAAGUGAGUGCAUGUUUUUAAUCGCUAGCUUCUCAGGUGCCCUUCGAUUUCAUUAAUUUGGAAAAUUUACAAUGGAUUUAUUACUAAUUAUUAAAAAUGCAUAUAUAUAUUGUCGUCAUUCAUAAUAAGUAAUUAGAGACAAUUGUGAGCCAUAAAAUUUUUGUAAGCGUUUUAGGAUAACAAAGUAUAAACGCUGCCUCACGAUUGCUAGUCAUUAUAUUUUAACUUUUUAUAAUAUAAUUUACUAUUCUUUAUAUUAUAUCUUUAUUAGGUUUAGUAAUAAUUUAAUUACUUCUGUACCAGAUUUAUGAUGUAGUUUUGUAAUAAAUGUAAAUUUGUUAUAAUUUAAA